GUCCAAAAGUUGAUUCCACAUGAAAAGAGAAACCCUAGUCAUCAACUGUUCCAGCUGACCACCCCUUUAUUUUCUGACCUCCCCAUCUUCAUUUCUUAGCUUAAAUGUGCACACAUCUAUAAAUGUUCCAUGGCCCCGCAAUUUAUCGAUAGCAGAAAAUGCUCUCCAGGAAUCGGAUGCCUUUCCUCUUUCCAAAGCACCAACUUCGAGUACGUGGCAUUCGAACACAUGCCCAAUGAACUUGGCAUGCAUGAAUCACCCUCAUGAGAACAAAGCACAAUAUCCAUGGAUAUUCCUCCUGUCAUCUCUUGGCUUCAUCGUCCUCCUCAAGCACACCCUCUCUUUCCUCCAAUGGGUUCACUCCACCUUCCUCCGACCCUCUAAAGACCUCGUCAAGUACGGCCCUUGGGCUCUCGUCACUGGCUGCACCAACGGCAUCGGAAGAGCCUUGGCCUUCCGCUUGGCACAGAGAGGGCUCAACCUUGUCCUCGUCAGCCGGAACCAUGAAAAGCUCAAGACGGUGUCACAUGAGAUCGAGACGAACUUUCUUGGCAUCCAGACGAGGAUUGUGGCGGUGGAUUUCUCCAAGGACGCGUCGUCCUGCAUUUGGUCGAUCGAGGAGGCCAUACGAGGUUUAGAUAUCGGCGUCUUGAUAAACAACGUGGGGAUUACGUACCCCAGGGCGUGCUUCUUCCACGAGGUCGAGGAACGAGUGUGGAGGGAGAUUGUGAGAGUGAAUGUGGAGGGAACUGCUAGGGCUACGAGAGUGGUGGUUCCGGGGAUGGUCCAAAGGAGGAGAGGCGCAGUCGUGAGCAUCGGUUCAGGAGCCGCCACUGUCGUUCCUUCUCACCCUCUCUUCACAAGUUACGCUGCUACAAAAGCCUUCAUUGAUCGACUAUCGAGAUCGCUGCAUGUGGAAUACAAGCUUUAUGGGGUUGACUUCUUGUGUCAGGUCCCUCUAUAUGUGGCAACAAGAAUGGCAUCCAAAGUGGCGUCAAUAGAGGGCGAAUCCGUGUAUGUCCCAUCACCAGACAAGUACGCGCGAGCCGCGAUCGACCACAUCGGUUACGAGCCACAGUGCACGCCCCACUGGGCUCACUCGCUCCAGUGGUGCUUCGCUCGUUCGGUCCCUAAUCGCGUUCUUGACGCGUGGCGUCUUUCGAUUGGUCUCAAAAGGAGAGAGAAAAAUAUUAAAAGAACUUCACCGUAAGACAGUGAAGCUACU